ACCCCUGUUCUAACCCUAAAACUUGGAGUAAAUUGGAUUAUUUAACCUAACCCCAAUCCCUAUUCCAACCCUAAACAGUGGAGUAGAUUGUCCUAACCUUAACCAAUAUUGGACACUAAAAACCGGAAUAUCUGACACAAAUUCCUUUGAGUCUUACCAUCAAUUGCCUCUUCCAGCCAGCAAACCUUCACCCCUGGUUGACAGGUCUCAAGUCCCACACAGAUGUUGGAUUGUUCAGAUUAAAAGGACACACCUAAACUUAAUUUUCUAAUCAGCUACAGAUGACUCAUGUAGUUCACAGUUUUGCCCACUAGAGGGCAAGAGUGUAUCAGAAAUGUAGCAGGGAAAGGAGUCAACUACCCCUGACUGCAUCCCGGAGAUCGGGGCGGGGCUAAAUGUGGGCGGGGUCAAACGUUUAGAGGUGGGCGGAGACAACUAUUUGACUCCUGCGUCCUGCCCCACUCUCAAUGGAACCAGGAAACCGCUAUGCUAUAUGUGUGUGUGCAAUGCUGUGACAGGUGUCGGGACAGAGGGAAGUAGCUGCCAAAAUGGAGGUCUGAGGAAGACAGGGUGCAGGCACGAAAAAGACGGAGAGAGGAAAGAGUAAAACAGGGCCAGGAAGUGGUCCCUCCUAAGAAGUCCUGCCAUACUGAAUGAGUCUGUGCAGCAUCAGGAGAAUUCUCUGCUUGAGGACACCUUUGAGGCAGCAAGGUGGUGUACCACAAGGUCCUUCAAAGGAAGCCUUUCCCUUCCCCAGGUCAUCACCAUGGACAGGGAAGCUUGCCGGAGGGCAGUGGAGAGGUUAUGCUUCUGUGAUGGCCUGGAUGAAGAGGAGAUGAACGAUUGCAGGGAACCGUUCCUGUUCAUGUUUAGUUUUCACUCAGAUUAUGAGGAGUUCUGCAGAGAAAUUGAGGAAAAAAGGAAGAUGAAGGUGUUUUCUGGUUUUGAAAUGCCAUAGUACAGCGGUGUCACAGUUUUUGCAUUCUUUUUCCUCCUCACAUUGUUUUUUUGGAGGUUCUCUUGUUUUUUGUGUGCUUUUUGGUUCAUUUGUUUGUACUUUUUUUUAUUCCUGUGUUGGCUGUUGUUUGCUCUAUUAAAUUUACCUUUUUUGAAAAAUUUAGUCUGCAUUCUUGGGUGUCUCACACAAUGUCUCACCACCCCGCCUCAAACCCUGGCAUGUUUUGAGAAGUAUCAACACAAUUUAAGUCUCUGUUCCUCUUAAUGUAGCUGAUAUAACGGAGUGUACAACAAAUUUACCCGUGUCUGUCUGUACUGUUUUACACUCACUUGGGAAAUGACUAUUAAAAUAAAGGCAGCAUUGAUAAAAUCAACUAUUAAAAUGGUUUUGACAGGUUCAAAGAAUAGUCUUAUAAAUGCUUGAACCUUUUAUAGAGGUACCAAAAGUAUAGCUAAAAGACAAAUACCUAUGUGCUAUAAAUACACAUACCAUACAAAAGUAGAAAAAAGAAUAAAAAUAUCAGAACAGAUUGGAUCAAAAAUGGCGCCUGUAAUUAUCUGCUCUUUAAAAUUAUCAUGACAUCCAGCAAAUAAGUCAUUUGAUUACCAAUGUUAUGCUUUACAUGGGUUUUGUGGGUUUUUAGGGCUUUCUAAUCCUUAGAAAGGGGCUACUCACAGUUUCCUGGUUCCAUUGAGAGAGGGACAGGAGUCAAAUAGUUGUCUCCACCCACCUCUAAACGUUUAACCCCGCCCACAUUUAGCCCCGCCCCGAUCUCCGGGAUGCAGCCAGGGGCUACUCAAAGGAGUCAGUCAGAUAGAGUAAAGCCAGUGUGGGGAAUCUCAUGUCUUGGAAUUUGAAUUUCUUUUAAAUCAUGCCCCACAGAAGGUUUGUUUUCAUAUAACACAUGAAUGCAAAGUGUUAUGUACGUUGUGUCUGUAUUUAUCUAUUUUUUACGGUAAUAACAUGUUGUAAAUGUAAUCUUGUUAGUGAAAAGUGCCAGGCGCUCUCUUGGACACUAGGGGGAGUAUGGACCGGAGCUCUAAAUAUGGUCCUACCACUCCAGCGGCGCUCUGGAAUGGUCCAAUUUGAUUGGACACAAGUACAGGUGCUAAUAGAGCCAAUUGAUGCUUGUUAACUGGUAUGCGCUAGAUGAAACCGGUCAGAAACAGAACGGGACAGCCAUUCUGGACCGAGCUUCGACGACAAGAGAAGGUUCUAUGCGCUUUUACAAGCUCUUAGCCUGAUGAAGACUCAUUGAGGAGUUGAAACGUAGCGUUGAGCUUGUUUUUUGUAAAUAUUUUGUUUCUUUGUUCCAGUUAACUUUUUCACGUUUGUUCAAUAAAUGGCCAGUUGCCAACAUUUUAAGCCGCAGUUUUUCGGUUCUUUCAUUUAAUUCCACUUGUUUUUUUAGAUAGUUAGCUACACAGUUAGUUAGUUUAGCACCUGUUUUUUAACUACCGGACAUCUCCGGAAUGACGUGGGACUAUUUCCCACCGGAUGAGAUGGAGGAGGAGUCGGGCUGGACACAGGUUCGCUACCGAGGGGGAAGACGACGGGACGUUCAGCGGAACCAGCAGAAUAGAGGACGUUUCCAACGACGCCACUCUCCCCAGCAACGACGGCCUCGCUAUCAACAGGACCGCAGCUGGCAGUCGCAGUACCCCCAGCGGUACCCCCAGCGGUACCCCCAGAGACGCAAGUCUUACGCGUCAGCCGCCAGGUACGAUCCCUCUUACCCCCAGCGUCCAUUCCAACCCUCCAGGAGCCGCAGUAGGGGCUUCAAUAAGCGGUACCAGAACCAAGGACCCCAGGGUUGGAACCGACAAAAGAAACGCGCUCGGCGACCCCCACAGGGACAGUACGCGCAGCAGGGCGCACAGACCCGAAACCGGUCAGAGGCGCCACAAAGAUCUGAUGACCCAGACUUCACAAUAAAGGUCAGAACCAUGCACAGACUUCUUAAAGCAGCACAUCACUUAAAAAAUGUGUCGGAUAAGGACAAUAACCCACCCGGCAUUCAAAACAUAACCGCGUACUUGGCCACGAUCAUCAAACCCGCGGCUCCAUCUACCAGAACUUCCACAUUAAUAGAUGGUAAUGCGAGAUCGUGGGCCUACACCACCAUGCCGAUCCUUAGACAACACUACCAAGAUCAGAUGGAGUCAGAAAAAUGCACUUUGCAAGAUCUUGGGGGAAACCUACUGGCUCCAUUAGAAAUAGCCACUAAAUGGGCCAGAAGGAACUUGGGGAGACGUUUCAGACCAGAAUCGGUGGAAGAGGUGCAGGUCUUCCUGAUGUCGGAUGAGAAAAAGGACUCACAAGAACCAGCAACUCCCUCAUCGGAAAAUGGUGAACCUGAUGAACGUACAUCUGUUCUUGAGUCCUCCACGCAGACCACGCCCCCUCCGCACUCCCAACAACACAGGGGGCAGAGUGAGGAUGAACUUUCCGUUUAUGCAUCCUCUCCCUACGCUCCCAGGGGCUCCGUGAGAUCACAAUCUCCUCUUCCGCCCCCCCCCCCACCUUCACCACCACCACCACCACCCCACAGGACAACAGUGGCAACGAUGACGGAACCAUCCAGAGGGGACUGGUCACCUGCAGCAUCCAACGAGGAACGACACAGCAGCCGUCCCCUCUUUCCAGCUGUAGCAGCACCACCCACACCAUCACCCCAGGCACGCAGCACUCCACAGACGCCGGCUCUUCCCCAAAGGCAGCGGAAAUCAUCCAGCCAGGAGGAAACGUACACGCAGAGGACAACAGGAUCCUCCCCUUCAGUCGUGAUGGAGUCUCUGCCUCGACCCGCGGCGUGA